GGAAACUCCAGUGUCAGAGUUCUCCUGUGCAUGUUUACGUAAACUUGAGCAGAGGGCAGGUCGAGUGAAAUCAGAGGCCCUGGGGUUUCUCUGGACAACAGGCUGACGAGCGUGGCGAGGGUUUCCGCUCUCGUGCUUGCCUGCUUUUGAAAAAGAAAGUUGAACGAAUUACUCAGGAGAGAUUUCUCUUCUCCUGCCUGACCUGCUCAGGGCGACUGUGUACACCGUGUCCGUUCGUGAGCUGGGGCUGUGACUUUUUCGGACCACCGAAGGGUCCAGUCGGAUUUCCGCGUCGGGGGUUCCAUAACAGAGAAACGCUCCUUUUGCCCCACUCUUCUGAUGGCGCAGGGUACCUUGGUAAACAGAAUUUUCGAAGGCGCCAGAAGGUUGAACUCAUCUGCACCAUGCUGUCUAGUGGGGGGAAGCGAUCAGGCGACAGCACAUACAGAAGACGGGGUGUUUGGGGAGGGAGAAAGAAAAAGUGGAUGGAAGGAAGUCCGCGAAGUGUCGCGCUUAUCCCGCGGUUUUAUCGGAGCCGUUGCAGCAGCCCCAUGGGUUUUCCGACGUGUCAGUGAGGAAGAAAACAAGAUGUUGUGCUCUAGAAAAGCGUCGUUUUCCGAACGACCGCGAUCCGGUUUCCUUGUCACGGCCUUCAAUGCAGUUUCCUCCAAAGCUGGGAGAGAAUCGUCAAGCGCCAGGUAA